UCAGGUUAGUGUGCGCCGCGGGUGCUGGGGGCUCGAGAACCGAGCGGAGCUGGUUGAGCCUUCAAAGUCCUAAAACGCGCGGCCGUGGGUUCGGGGUUUAUUGAUUGAAUUCCGCCGGCGCGGGAGCCUCUGCAGAGAGAGAGCGCGAGAGAUGGAAAUGGACAAACGGAUUCAUUUAGAGCUGCGGAACAGGACGCCCUCUGAUGUGAAAGAGCUUGUCCUGGACAACUGCCGGUCGAUUGAAGGCAAAAUCGAAGGCCUCACAGAUGAAUUUGAAGAACUGGAGUUCUUAAGUACAAUCAACGUAGGCCUCACCUCAGUCGCAAACUUACCAAAGUUAAACAAACUUAAGAAGCUUGAACUAAGCGAUAACAGAAUCUCAGGGGGCCUGGAAGUAUUGGCAGAAAAGUGUCCGAACCUCACGCAUCUAAAUUUAAGUGGCAACAAAAUUAAAGACCUCAGCACAAUAGAGCCACUGAAAAAGUUAGAAACCCUCAAGAGCUUAGACCUUUUCAAUUGUGAGGUGACCAACCUGAACGACUACCGAGAAAACGUGUUCAAGCUCCUCCCACAGCUCACGUAUCUUGACGGCUAUGACCGGGAUGACAAGGAGGCCCCCGACUCGGACGCCGAGGGCUACGUGGAGGGGCUGGACGACGACGAGGAGGACGAGGAUGAGGAAGAGUAUGACGAAGAUGCCCAGGUAGUGGAAGACGAGGAGGAGGAAGAGGAGGAGGAGGAAGGAGAAGAGGAGGACGUGAGUGGAGAAGAGGAGGAGGAUGAAGAGGGUUACAACGACGGGGAGGUAGACGACGACGAAGACGAAGAAGAUGGUGGUGAAGAAGAAAGGGGUCAGAAGCGAAAACGAGAACCUGAAGAUGAGGGCGAAGACGAUGACUAAGUGGAAUAACCUAUUUUGAAAAAUUCCUAUUGUGAUUUGACUGUUUUUACCCAUCCCCCCCCCC